CCAGUGGAGAUGUCCAUCAUGAGGACACAUAUAGAUGUGAUGUGCUGUAAAUCAAUAGGGACGGAUAUGUCCAUGCUGGAUAUUGAUGAUUUAAUGACAGAAAUCUCUCAGCUGAAGAAAGAGGUGGCGGUAUUGGAGGAAAAGCUCGGGGAGAGAGAUGAACUGAACACAAAGGGUGUGUCUGGCGUGUCUCUCUGUGUCAUCUCUGAUCAAACAUCUCCAGAGCUUCUGUCUGUCUGUAAUGAAGAACAGAAACCGUCAGUGAAUCUGAAAAUGGAGAUAAAAACAGAAAUCACUGAAACAGAAGAAUCUGAUUUGAAUUAUCCAGACCUGAUGAAGGUGAAGGAGGAAAUUACAGAACCGAAUGAAGUUGAAGAAAAACCUCAUCAUUUUAUAAAUGGAGAAGAAUCUCAAAGCUGCUUGAAGACUGAGGAGAAUUUCUCAUUAAAACAAUCUCAAAGAGAAACAGCCAAAGACUCCCUUACAUGCCCUCAGUGUGGAGACAUCUUCACUCGUAAAUGUAAUUUAAACAAGCACAUAAGACGUCACGCAGAUGGAAAAUCGUACAUUUGUACUCCGUGUGGAAAGACCUUUAAGAAUGUUUUUACACACAAAGUGCACAUGCGAAGUCACACUGGAUUCAAUCCUUACAGAUGUGACCAGUGUGGAAAGACUUUCAAUGGUAAAUCCCACUUGAAAGAUCACAUGAGAAUUCACACCGGAGAAAAGCCGUACACAUGUGACCAAUGUGAAAAGACCUUUGCACUGAAAUCCACUCUUAAUGUGCACCUGAGAUGUCACACUGGAGUAAAGCCGUACAGAUGUGACCAGUGUGAAAAGAGCUUUGCACAGAAAACCCACUUGAAAGAUCACAUGAGAAGUCACACUGGGGAAAAGCCUUACGGAUGUGACCAGUGUGGUAAGACCUUUACACGUAAAUGGCAUGUUACUAAGCACAUGAGAAGUCACAAUGGAGAACAGCCCUACAGAUGUGAUCAGUGUGGAAAGAGUUUUGCGUGGGCAGAUAACCUGAGAACUCAUCUUCUGUGUCAUUCUGGAGUGAGACCAUUUCAGUGUGAACAAUGCUGUAAAACAUUCCAUUCUGUACAUUACUUGAAGAAGCAUAUGAAAACUCAUGCACAUAUAACUAAUGCACUCUCUUCCUCUAAAGAACACAAGAAAACACACACAUCUCUUAUGUGCUUUGAGUGUGGAAAAGCCUUUACUACAUCUAGCCAGUUAAAAAAGCAUCACAGAUUUCAUACAGAAGAGAAACUUCACCCCUCAGGAUGUACGAACCCUCAUGAAACUGUUCAGACCAGAAGAUCCCUGAGAUCUUCUUCCGUCAUUUGCUAAUACUUGUGUAGUAGUGUUUUAAGUUUGUCGUUGUUUGAUGAGACAAAUUCAGAGAUGGUCAUUGUAAUAACUGCGAAAUAAAUCUGGAGUGUUAGUUAAGCAAUAUUUGAUCAACAAUCUGAAUUCAUUUCUUUGGUAAAUUACAGACCAGUGCUGCUUGAAUUUUUUGUUCAGUGCUGGGUAACUACAGGCCAUUGAAUAAGUGUUUUGAGACCAUCUUGUAAAAUUAAAAUGUAACAUUUUUAUGGAUGGCUAAAGCCUUUUGAACAUAAAACAGCUACUGGUAUUCACAGUCAUAGUUCUAGAAUCAAACCUGUCAUCACACAAUAAGACACUUAUAGAUUUGCCGAAUUGUGUCGGGUUAGUGGAGGCAAAUAUUUAAAUAUUAAAGAAAUUUCAUCUCUGUUUGAAAAUUAACCCACAAUUUACUCACCUUCAUGCUAUCUUGGGUACAGUAUAACCAGGGCUGGGGAGUAACGAAAUACAUGUAACUUAGUUACUUAUUUUAAAUCAAAAUUUGAGUAACUAUUUCAUUAUAGUUACUUUUUAAAUGGUGGUAAUCAAAUUACAGUUACAUCCGAAAAGUAUUUUAGAUUACCAAAGUGAUUCCUUGGAAUUUUAAUGGUAUUUAUUUCAUUUAAACUUUAUAAUAACUGUAACGGGCAAUUAAAGGGGUCAUACGAUAUGACUAAAACAAAUAUUAUUCAAUCUGUAUACACUUUUUAAGGUUCAAAAACACUGUUUUUUUCCACAUACCGUGCAUGUUUGUAUCUCCUGUUUGCCCCGCCUCUCUGAAGCACGCAGAUUUUAACAAAGCUCAUGGCUCUAAAAAGCAAG